AUGUCCUCCUUAAUUUCCCAUCUUCUCACCGUCUCGCUUCUUCUAACCAUCUCUUUAUCCCAAAGCAGCAGGAAAGAACUAAGGAACAAAGAUGAACGAAAUUCUGUUUAUUAUUCCAACAGAAUUGAUCCCUCACGCGUUCUACAAAUCUCCUGGCAUCCAAGGUUAUUUCUUUACAAAGGCUUCCUAUCACAUAACGAGUGUGACUACCUUAUUUCUUUGGCACGUUCUCUAAAAGAUAAAUCAUUGGCAUAUGCUUCCCCCGCACAUGAAGAUGAUAUUGUCAAGAGGAUUGAAGAAAGACUUUCAGUUUGGACUUUCCUUCCUAAAGAGAACAGCAAGCCUUUAAGAAUAAUGCAAUAUGGGCUUGGGAAGUUUACUCAGAACAUGGAUUAUUUCACAAACAAAACCGAUUUGGAUUUGGAAUUAACAGCACCUUUGAUGGCAACAAUUGUUCUAUAUCUCUCUGAUUCUACUCAAGGGGGUCAAAUUAUCUUUCCCGAAUCAGUGACCAAGAGUAGGAGCUGGUCAAAUUGUAGAAAUACUAGUAACAUUCUCCAACCAGUAAAAGGGAAUGCAGUUCUGUUUUUCUCUCUUAACCUAAAUACAUCGCCUGACAAAAGUAGCUUCCACGCCCGAUGCCCUGUCCUUAAAGGUGAUAUGUGGUCUGCAGUUAAAUUCUUCUAUGCAAAAUCAGUUAAUGGAGGGGAAAUCUCAACCACACCAGAUGUAGAUGAAUGUACUGAUGAGGAUGAUAAUUGUCCCGCUUGGGCGGCAACGGGAGAAUGUCAAGGAAACCCCGUCUUCAUGGUUGGAUCUCCUGAUUACUAUGGUACAUGUAGGAAAAGCUGUAAUGCGUGCUGA